UUCAUUAAUGGCUGCCAUGAAGAAAGUACUGGUUGCUGUUGCUGUUGCUGCUUUUGCAGCUUUCAUUGGAUACAGAAUUCUCAAACUAAAGGAACUUAGUCUUGGCUCCAGGGAAAUACCACUGAAGCACCUCAACUGUCAUUACAUAAAGAAUAUUGAGUUUGGUGCCGAGGAUAUUACAAUACUUAAAGAUGGGAUGGCCUUCAUGAGCACAGGGUUAAAGUAUCCUGGACUACCUUCAUUCUCCGAUGAACCUGGGAAGAUUUACGCAAUGGACCUGCUGCACCCAAAACCAAGUCCAGUAGAGCUGCAGAUCAAAGGGGACCUGGACCUCAGAUCCUUUAACCCACACGGAAUCAGUGUAUUUGUUGAUGAAGAUGACUCUGUGUACCUGUUUGUCGUCAACCACCCUCAGCACAAAAGCCAAGUGGAAAUCUUUCAUUUUGUCGAGGACACCCUUGUGCAUCUCAAAACUAUUACCCAUCCCCUUCUACACAGUGUGAAUGACAUUGUCGCAGUUGGGGUUGAGAGCUUCUACGCCACAAACGAUCACUCCUUCCCUAAUGACAUCCUGCACUUCCUGGUGAUCAUCAUGGGUCUGCCCUGGUGUGAUGUGAUUUACUACAGUCCAGAGGAUGUGAGGGUGGCAGCCAAUGGCUUUAUGUCCUCAAAUGGCAUCAACAUUUCACCUGACAAACGGUAUAUUUACGUUUCUGACAUCCUAGACCAUGAGAUAGAUGUUUUUGAGAGACAACGCGGGGAACAGUUGGUCUAUAUUAAGUCUGUAGCUGUCGGGUCCCUUUGUGAUAACAUCGAGGUGGAUCACAGGACAGGUGAUAUUUGGCUGGGUUGUCACCCGAAUGCCGGAAAGUUGUCCAACUUCGACCCCAAUGACCCACCUGGCUCUGAGGUCAUCCAGAUAAAGAACAUUCACUCCAAGCAGCCGGUGGUGACUCAGGUGUACGCUGACGAUGGUCAUGUGAUCAUCGGCUCCUCUGUAGCAGCUGCUUAUGACGGAAAGUUGCUGAUCGGUACAGUUUUCCACAAAGCUUUGUGCUGCAGUUUGAAAUAGUCUGUAUUCUCUGUCUAUGCUCUUUACAGUCCAAACGUAAAAAUGUUUUACUGAAAUGGCUGGAUUGAUUUAGAAAGAAAACAUUUUUUUAUUUGCUUAAAUCAAGCAACAUGCAUUAAAGAGGAAAAUGUAUUUUGCAGUGUUGGGAGCAACGAGUCAGAUGUGAAAUGUAAUUAACUUACAAAAUGUAAUCAGUUACAGUUAGUAAGAAAAACGUGCAAUUAAAUGACAAUUGCUAUUAAAAUUUUUGAUGAUUAAAAGAGUUUCUUUCUGGUAAAAAAAAAACAAAACAUCUUUAUAUGAGCGGAUUACAUCAAGUAGGGUGGCACUGUCCAUGGAAAACAAAAAUCCUUCCAAAAUCAGAAAAAGCCUUGAAUACAACUGUUUGUUAAAAUGGUGUGUUUCCAAGAGUUUUCACCGAUAUUUCCUUCAUUAUUUCAAACAUUUGUUAGAAAAGGUAAAUACAGUAAUAUUCUGCAGCCCAUUACUUUUUUAAUCUAACUUUCCUAAUGUAAAACUGCAGUAUCAUCUGCACUACAUACAUCAGUAUCUAUUGAUACACAACACUAUUGAUGAUAUCACCUUCCCAUCAGACAGCCACACUGGUUCCACAUUUUGGUUCAUAUAUAGGAUGUGUUCAUAGAACUCUGUCACCCUUUUCCAUCGAUAUCGAUUAAAUCAGUCUCAGUUACUUUGGAUAUUGUGAAUCUGGUUGCUCCACCUUCAGGAUGUUGUACACCUUGCUCUGCUGCUGUUGUAUCUUUGGUGGGAACGGUAAAGAAUAUUCCAUCUUUCUCUGGAUCAAAUGCACAUCUGUCUUUGUUCACCUCACUGUCAGACCCCACACAGUCCUCAGGUUCAGGGUCUCCUUUGCUUUCUGGGAUUAGAGGACAUCUCUUCUCCUGUUUCUUUUUGUUUGCAUCAAUCUUUGCAUUCAUGAACACUUCACUGACACUGAUCAAGCGUCUGUGCCGCGGUGAGUGAUCCAAAAUGGGAAUAUCCAAAAUGUCGCUGCAGCUCUUUGAACGGUUGAUGCUAUUCGAAGGCCUUCUCUCCUUCGCCGACUGCCCGAUCUCCUUGAUGAUGGUACUGUAGUCGUCGUCCCUCUCAGACAGGAAGUUGAAGAUGUCGAUGACGCCUUGCUUUAUUUCUGGGGUUUGCUUCUCCUCUUUGUGCUGGGGUUCUUCUUCACGGUGGAGUCUGUACCUGUUUCUCCUUUUCCUGAGCACCUUGUGAGCCUCUACGACCAUAUGGACAUUCCAGCUGAAGAACAGAGAAAGCCAAGCCAGGCCCAUGUAGAUCCAUAUCUCUGCAAAAACCCGGUACAGUCUGGGGUACUCGAUGUUUGGAUUCACACCUGAAAUGAAGGCAGAAAUUAAUAAAGGAAUAAAGGAAAUGUACAUUCAGUUGUAGAGGAGCUAGAAACUGUACAGUAUAAAGGCCAGUGUUAGUAUUAUCUGCUGAUGUUUAUGAUUGCACCCCAGACCAUCAAGUGGAACCUCUAUUUCAGGAACUGAUGAU